AUGGUGCAAGUUGAAGAUGUUAAUGACCAUGACCCAGAGUUCUCACAAAGCACCCUCAACCUCAAAGUCAGAGAGGAUAUCCCGAGAGGAACAAGCCUGUUUCAGGUUCAGGCUCUUGAUCGAGACAUCGGGAAAAAUGGACAAGUGCGGUACACAUUGACCCAGGCGAGUCCGUUUGUGGUGGACGCGGUUCGAGGAGUCGUCACCGUCAUGGACAAACUGGACAGGGAGAGGGAUUCAAACUACACCUUGAUCAUCACAGCUGUAGAUCAGGGAACUAUACAUAGAUCUGCUACUGCUGCUGUCAGUCUCACAGUGUUGGAUGUCAACGACUUUGCACCCCUCUUUAAUCCACAAACCCUGACCAUACAUGUAAUGGAGAAUGAGGAGGAACGCUCCCAGCUAACACGCCAGGUCUCAGCAUUGGAUGAAGAUUUAGGUGUCAACAGCCAGCUUACCUAUUUUAUACAUAAAGGAAAUAGUGAUGGUUUGUUCUCCAUCACUCCCAAUGGCACUUUUCAAAUUUUAAACAGCCUGGACAGAGAGAGGGAAUCAAUGUACUUCGUUACCAUCAUUGCUGUUGAUUCAGGAUUGCCACCCCUAACUGGAACUCUAACCGUACACGUCAUAGUGGAUGAUGCCAAUGAUAACCGUCCAGAGUUUACUGAGGAAGUCUACAACACAAUAGUGUCUGAGGACAGUCCGACAGCCACGGUGUUUGCCAUGAUAACUGCAUCUGACAUGGAUGAAGGUGUCAGUGGGGAAAUAAGGUAUUCCAUGGAGAACCUUGAUGUGCCUUUUGCCAUCGAAGAAACAUCUGGAGAGCUGUUUACAACUGAUGUCCUGGACAGGGAGACAGUAGCCAUUUACAGGUUGACGGUGAUUGGCAGUGAUGAGCAUCCUUCUCAGCCUUUGUCAAGCUCAGUGCUUGUUACUGUGCUCAUUGGAGAUAUUAACGACCACUGGCCCCAGUUUAUGAACAGCCCCUAUGUGGCCUAUGUGCCCACUGAGAUGGCUCCAGGCUCAGUUAUUUGUGCUGUACGAGCAACAGAUGCAGAUACUGAGAUGAACGCAGAACUACAUUAUUCCUUAUAUGGAGAAAGUUCAGAUCUGUUUUCCAUCCACCCAUAUAGCGGCACGGUGUUCUCUUCAAGUGCACUCCGGAGAACAGAAGCUAUCAUUGUCAACAUACAUGUGGAAGAUGCUGGAGAAAAUCCUAAAUUUGACAUCACUACCAUCAGCAUCAGAUUUCAGAAUGCCUCCGAGUUUCCAGAGAUGAAUGUGGAUGUUCUGAGUGAUUCCCUCUCUGAGGACGAGCCAGUGGGAACAUUAGUUGCAGUUGUCUCUGCAGCUAGCAUCAGAGCUGAACCCGUCUCUUUUUAUCUAGCUUCUGGAAACUUUGAAGACAUGUUUCAUGUGGAGCAGUUGAGUGGAAUGUUGACUGUGGAGAACCCUCUGGAUUAUGAGAACAAAAAGGAGUUUACUUUGUUGGUAGAAGCCAGAGACUCUGGCUCGCCUCCUUUCUCAUCAUUUGCAGAAAUACACAUAAACAUCAGCGAUGUAAAUGAUAACUUCCCUCAGUUCACUCAAGCUGAGUACAGGUGUGAGGUUUUCGAGAACUCCCCGGCAUCCUGGGUCUGUGAUGUUCUUGCCAUUGAUGCUGAUUCAGUCAGCUACGGCACAGUGCAGUACAACAUAACAGAAGGAAACUCUGUUGGGUUUUUCACAAUUGACCCUGAAAAUGGUUUACUGAGCACCACGCCUCUGAUCGCUAUCCCGUAUCACAUAGCUGUUGGUACAGAGGUGUUCCAGUUUACAGCAAUAGAUCAGGAUGUCAGUAACACCAGCGUUGGUAUUGAAUAUGUUUUGACAGGAGGUAAUGCAUCAGAUUUCUUCUGGAUCCAAGCUGACAAUGGAAAAGAGAAGCAUCUGGGCUGCUAA